AUGCUGCUGCUGUGGCUCGUGCUUCUGGGACGUCUUGUGGCCGGCCAGCUGGAGAGUGGUUUUGGUGUUUUUCCCUUCACCCCGACCGGUCCCGUGGAAUCAGAGCAUGAGACCUUAAACAGCCGCGAAGACGUCUACAACACGGGCCAGGGUUACGGUGAUGACCUGCUCCACGCACUCCAAACCGACCCUCAGGCUGUCACACAGCGAGACAAACUUGUUGGAAUGCUGUUUACUAACUACAAAACCCACGAGAGGCCCACGGAGAAAUUGGACAGGCCAACCGUGGUGGAGGUGAACAUGAAGGUUCUGGCGAUCUUUUCGGUGGAUGUGCGAACAAUGGACUACUACAUUGACGCCUUACUGAGACAAACCUGGACCGAUCCCAGGCUGGCUUGGGAGCACAAGGAAGGCUUUGAAAACUACACGCAGCCCUUAGUCUCACCUACACUCAAGGAGAACCUCUGGCUUCCAGAUCUGUUCUUCCGCAACGGCAAAGACGGAUACCUGCACAAAAUGACACUCCCCAAUUACCUCCUUCGAGUGCAUCCCAAUGGCGACGUGCUCUACAGUCAGAAGAUAACGAUGCGAUUUGCUUGUCAGAUGGAUUUGGCCACGUUUCCCAUGGAUACACAAUAUUGUUUCAUGAACAUCGGCAGUUACGGGUACACCCUGAGUGAGCUCAAAUUUGUCUGGCGUGAAAAGGAACCCGUAGAGGUGCAAAACAACCUCCAGCUCUCCGAAUUCAACACACCGACAAACUUUUCCACGUUUGAUUGCACUGCUCAGUCCUCCACGUCCACGGGGAAUUACACCUGCCUAAUGGCGAAAUUUAGUCUGAAGCGACAACUAGGCAGUUACCUGGUGACAACGUACAUUCCGAACAUCCUCAUCAUCAUGGUUUCGUGGCUGAGUUUCUAUGUUUCCGUGGAUGCGGCGCCAGCCAGAGUGCCACUGGGACUUCUGAGUCUGCUAGGUCUCCUGACACAGGCCUCCUCCAUCACCGGGACGCUUCCACGCGUGUCCUACAUCAAGGCCAUCGACUUGUGGCUAAUCUUUUCCAUAAUAUUUGUCAUAGGCGUCCUUGUGGAAUACGCGAUCGCCAUCACAAUGCUGCGACAGAAGCGGAAAGAAACCUGGCGAGGCGACGUCGAAAAAAUCGUCAAGGAGGAGUUGACCAGGUGGCUUGCGGCCUGCGAACAGGGUCAGCUGGCGAGUAUCAAGGGAGGCAGUGUUGUGGGUGGAGACCAGGCCUUCAUCCAGCAACAAUUGGCCUACUUCAGCGACUUGGACGCCUUCCUUACCAAAUCUGUGAUUGAGGAGACCAGAACAAAGAAGGGCGCAACGGGGAAAAAGAACAGAAUCCCAGUCGCCGUGGAAUCCGAAAUCGACGCCUACAGUCGCUUCCUUUUUCCCACGUGCUACAUUAUGUACAACAUUUUUUACUGGACUUACUACCUAGCGAUUGUGAAAAAGUGA